CUUGCAGCAUCUCAGUGCCUGACCCCGCAGCAUCGCAUCUGUUUCCCUGGCCCUGUCUAGUGCAGGCAGCCGGGGCCCUACCGAGUGCACCUGCAGCAGCAGAGAGUGUAACACCUCUGCUGCAGCUCCAUUGGAGGAGAACAACUUGACAUCCUCGGUUCUCCCAACCUGCUGCAGCAAGAAGAUCAUGGCUGCAGAAGAGGCAUGGACAUGUGCCGUUUGCCGCGAUGUGCGACGGGACAUUGCACAUGCCAUUCCGUGCAACCAUAUGUUCUGCCUCGGUUGCAUUCAUCGGUGGGCAACUCUGAGCGACAGUUGCCCACUGUGCCGGAUGGCCAUGAAGACCAUCCGGGUCUCUGUGCGGGGAGACAACGAGUACGUGGAGUGCAUCGUCUCCCCGCCUGCAGUGCCAGUGCCCAUCAGCUUUGGCACCACCACCGACCCCAGCGGCACUGCGGCAUCUGCUCCACCAUCUGCACCACCGUCCCCUGAGCCCAUGGCUGCGGAGCCAGAGAGAGUGGGCGGCCUCCUGCCAGAGGUCUGGGCAGCACUUUUCCGGGAGAGACGAACCAUCCUCGACCCGGUGCUGCCCUGGCUGGAGCAGGAAUUACGCCGCAACCAGGAGCUGGGCUGGUGGAAGAUCAACUGGCUCAAGAGCAUGAUCCUGGCAUUCCUGUGCCAGGUGGGGCCAGACAGGGACACACUGGUGCGGUGCACAGAACACGCCAUUGGGCCCAGCACCGCACCGCUCAUUGACGGCCUCGUCGCAACCAUCGCGAGCCGGUGCAGCCAGGAGGCCUGGAGGCUGCUGGGCCUGGAAGACCCCAGUGCUGCUGAGGAGCAGGAGAAUGGCCCCGCGGCCCUGUACGAGACCAUCGCCCCCAGCGCUGCUCCCUCCUGCUGCUCUGCUUGUGCUGACACCGAGGAGCUCCACGGCACUUCUUCCAACAGUGCCCGUGGAGGAGGCUCUGCUGCAGAGCCGGAUCCUGAGGCAGCCGGUCCCUCUGAGCAGGGCCCCAGCCACGGCCCCUCCACUCGCAGCCGGGGCAGGAAGCGCUCCGCUGGGAGGCCCCGGCGUCCCACCAAGAGGAGGGCCAGCAGCACCCAAUGCGCUCCUCCACCCUGCAAGAGGCGGCACUCCCGGCGCCGCUAGCAGGGUUACCCUUGUUUCCAAUAAAGGAUAAAAACUGAGAUGCA